GAUUGAUUGCAAACAGUUAAUGUUUCCCACCAAAUCCAAUCCUCACCUCUCUCUCUCUCUCCCUCUCUGCCCUUUCCUCUUCAAUCUCCAACCAACAAAAAAUCAAACCUUUGAUCCAAAAAUCAAACCUUUGCCAUGACUGAAGUGCUUCACUUCCCUUCAUCUCCAACCGCCUCUUCCUCUUCUUCACCUGGAUUCCCCCGCCAAGAUGUUGACUUUCACAGCUCAAUCGAACAAAAUCAAAAUCAAGAUGAUGACGACAAUGGGGAAGACGAAGGAGAAGGUCAGCAGAUAUCUCUCUUGGCGCUUCUGGUAGCGAUUUUCAGGAGAUCUCUGGUUUCUUGCAAGAGCAAUCGGAGCAGCAUGGAGAUUGGGUGGCCCACUAAUGUGAGGCACGUGGCGCACGUGACUUUCGAUCGGUUUAAUGGGUUCUUAGGUUUGCCUGUUGAGUUCGAGCCUGAGGUUCCCAGGAGAGCUCCCAGCGCCAGUGCAACAGUCUUUGGGGUAUCAACGGAAUCAAUGCAGUUAUCAUAUGAUUCAAGAGGCAAUUGUGUACCAACCAUACUCUUGUUGAUGCAAAACUGCUUAUAUAAUCAAGGAGGCUUGCAGGCAGAGGGAAUCUUUAGACUCACUGCUGAGAACAGUGAGGAGGAAGCAGUAAGGGAGCAACUAAACAGAGGAUUUAUACCUGAGAGAAUCGAUGUUCAUUGUUUGGCAGGGCUUAUCAAGGCAUGGUUUAGAGAACUCCCUACAAGCGUUCUUGAUGUGUUGUCACCUGAACAAGUCAUGCAAUGCCAAACAGAAGAGGAAUACGUCGAGCUUGUUAGGCUUCUUCCACCUACAGAAGCUGCUCUUCUUGACUGGGCCAUCAACUUAAUGGCUGACGUGGUUCAGUUUGAGCAUGUUAACAAGAUGAACACACGCAACAUCGCUAUGGUUUUCGCUCCCAACAUGACUCAGAUGGAUGAUCCGUUGACGGCGUUGAUGUAUGCAGUUCAGGUGAUGAACUUCCUCAAGAUGCUGAUAGAGAAAACUCUAAGGGAAAGGCAAGACUCUGUAGUAGAGCAAACUCACGUUUGUCCUUUGGAACCUUCUGAUGAGAGCAGUGGUCACCAGAGUCCUUCACAGUCUUUGGCUUUUGAUACUACUGAACUGAGUGAAGAGACGCAAUCAGAGUACGUUGAAGAUGCGGAGAAUCAGAGUCCGAGCAGUGAGGUAUCAGAUGAAUCAUCAUCAACUUUUGAGAACAAUCUUAGGACUGGGAGAGUAAGUGACUCUGGUCAGGUGGAAACAGAGAGAAAAAGUAGUGUGCAAGUGAUGGCUAUGGCUCCGGCUCCUCAGGCUCAGUGGCAUGUGGGUAGAACAAAAGGGUUGACCAACUUGAGCCGUGUUGGUUCAAGGGUAGAGCGUACUGAAGCUUGGCGGUGAAGACAGAGAAGCAGAGCAAACCCUUUAGCUGUUCUUCAGAAUCAAAUUGUUGUUGACCUGUUUUUGUAUUUGUUAAUGUUCUGUUAAUGUUGUUUCUAUUCUUUUCUUUUCUUUUUAUCAGUUUCUCAAUAGACCGUCCAUAUCAAUGCUUAAUCAAACUUGUAAACCGUAUUGAACCGGUCUCUCUCGGGCCUUUGAUGAUGUUAUGGUGAAGCAUGUUCUUCCUAUCUACCUUUGUAUUUUUAGUAACUUUUUUUUGGUAUUGUUAGUAAUAUUUACAAAUUAGAUAGAGAUCUUGUAAAUUACAUUUCUGUGAUAUAUUUC